AUGGGUCUAUUCGACAAGCCUGUGAUUGGUGAGGGCCUGUCCAGCCCUGAUCCACUGGUUCGAGAAGCCUACCUAAUGGCCUACGACUACAUCAACUAUGUAACAGCGAAACCAGGCACCCCGAUAGGCUCGGCUCCCUCUCCAGCCUCAGCAGCGCUGCGACACGCAGGAGACGAGCUCCUCCUGCGCUUCCCGAUCUUCUUCCGACGUUGGCCGCGUGUCUUCCGGGACGUGACGGAGGAGACAGCAUGUUCUAUGCUGAUUUCCAUCCUGGACGAGCACUUCUCUCAGACGAGGCACGGGGACCUGCCCUGGAGCUCGGUACUCUCUGUGUUUGUGCUUGCUGGUCAGAUGGCACUACAUUGCCAGCAACGUGGCAUGAUCAGCGUCCUACCCCAGCUCCAGCAGUCUAUAGGGAGCUAUGUUGAGAGAGUCAUCUGCCCUGAACUCAGGGACAAGGGAGGAUGGUCAGGUUUUGUGGCUCGCUUUGGGGAGAAGCAGACUUUGGAGGGCCAGGUUAAGAAGGUGUGCUGCUGGAGUUUGCUAAUACUGAGCUUGGGGAUUCUUGCCUACUUCCUGUGGAAAAGAAGAAUAAUUUAGUCCACAGCGCCCUCGUGUGGCGAGGCCUUUCCACACAAGGACUAACGCGGUGUUGAAAAAUGCACUUUACUGUACAGUGACAAAAUAUGAGUCAUAACACAUCAUUAGUUAUCAUUCUGAUAGCGUUUAUAGUUUUAAUA